ACUACACCACAGUACAGCGACCUUUAGAAUCUGUCUGCUGAUGCACAUUUAUCAUGCUCUGACAGAUAAUAUUGUGAAAUUACUCAUGGGCAAAAACCACGAAAAUAUCAAAGAAACACGCUGCAUUCCGUUAGUUGGGCACGGUAGAUGGGGUGGGGGAGUUGUGGUAGUAACGUUGUUAUUUCAAGAUCCAAUUGACCAGCCGUCUAUCGAUCAAUCGAUCAAUCGGUUCAUCCUCAAACGUUUUCCAAUACUGCCACCAUUAGAAAUAGGAAGAGGCUUUUGCCACCACUGACCGAAGCUGCGCGGUAAAACGGACGCAAAAUUUAAACAAUGUAUUUAAUGUCCAUUUAUAAUGCAUUUACAAAUGCCAUAGAUGUCGUUUACGUCCCGCAACAGUAGCGGGGAAAGGGACUCCGAAGAUCGACCCGUCCCUAGGGACGGCGGCCAUGAACGAAGACCAACCCAAGUUAUGCCAGAGAUAUUGGGGACCCCAGCACGCAACAUUACAAUAACGACCCUCGUUAAACGGAGCAUGCAACUGCAAAACAAAAUGCCAUCCAACAGUUGCAAAGGAGCCUCCGGGGAAUCAUGUUGCCGAGUGCCGUCCACAAUAUAAGCCUGGUCUACGCCCUUGUGUGGGCCAUUGACCAUCACUAUGGACAGUCGACUAGUACGGCCCUGUCCCUCGUCCAGUUUGCCACCAGCUAUGCCAGCCGGGACUACCACAACGAUCUGAUUGACGCGACCCUGUGUCGAGCAUCGACCGCGGCUAAAAUUCAGUUUCUCCUCGAGGAUGAGCGCAUGGACAUGACGGAGAACACCGAGGAGUUGCCACCGCCCAGUGGGGUGAUGGGACGACCGUGCGCCAUUUGGUUUUUGGACAGCCUGCGUGCGUACAUCCGACUCGAGCGGUAUCUACUCCAGCCGGGCAGCACCUACAAGCGAAACGGCUUCUUCAUCAUUGUCUAUACGGGCAGGGAGAUGGAGCCCGUGGAGAUAAUCAAGAUCAUGUUCAGGCGCCUCCUCAACAUCUAUGUGCUCAAUGUGAAUGUGUUUUUGAGCAGGAGCGGCACUGUCCAGAUGUACACCUAUUAUCCCUACGGACCACACCGAUGCCGGUCGUCGCUGCCCGUAUAUUAUGGCUCCUUUCAGGGCAUGCCCUCCAGUGCGGAAUUUGGACUCGGGAAGCAGCUCUUUCCCAGCAAACUGACGAACUUGCAUGGCUGUGAGCUGGUCACAGCGACCUUCGAGCACCGGCCCUAUGUGAGAAUCGAUGACGACGCCGAUUCUCCCAACGGGCGGCGUCUGCACGGCAUCGAGGGAAUGAUCUUUAGUUCGAUUGCAGAGCGCAUGAACUUCACAAUCAAACUGAUGGAGCGUCAGGACAAGGAUCGGGGCCAGAUUCUGCCCAAUGGCAGCUAUACGGGCAUUCUCAAAAUGAUGUUGGAAGGCGACGCCAACAUCACAUUCGUGUGCUUCAUGUACAGCAAGGAACGAUCCGAUGUGAUGCUCCCGAGCGUCUCCUAUACGAACUUUCCAAUUGUUCUGGUCAUACCUGGUGGGGCGUCAAUGUCGCCGCUGGAGCGACUGAUGAAGCCAUUCCGUUACAUCAUCUGGUCCUGUCUGAUCGUGAGUGUGCUGGUCGGCCUCACCCUGAUUGCCGUCCUCCAGAUGAUGCCAGUGCCAGCGCUGCGCGAUCUGGUCCUCGGUAGAAGCAAUCGAUUGCCCUGCCUGGGCCUGUGGUACACCCUCCUAGGCGGCUUGGCCCUGCGCACGCCGCGACGUAACUUUUCACGCUACCUGCUGGUCAUGUGGCUGCUCCAGACUCUGGUGCUGCGGGCCGCCUAUACGGGCCAGCUGUAUCUCCUCCUGCAGGAUGCUCAGGUGCGCACACCACUGCAGACGCUGGCCGAGGUGGUGGCCAAGGGAUAUGAGUUUUGCAUGCUACCGGCCUUGAAGGGAGUCUUCCGCGACUCGCUGCUCGGCACAAAAAUCCGCCUGGUGACGAACCACCAGGCCUCGCUUCGUCGACUGCGGGACGAGGAGGAUCCGGGCAUAGCGGUGCCGCUGCUGCUGCCGACGGUCUAUGAGUUUGACUAUCAAUCAGGGCCGACCCAACGGCAUCUAACCGUGCUGCCCGAUGCCCUCAUGACUGCUCCACUGACCUUCUACAUGCGUCCGCAUUCGUAUCUGAAGCGUCGCAUUGAUCGCCUGCUAAUGGCCAUGAUGUCGUCGGGGAUUACCUACCACUAUCGGCGCAUAUAUCUCGAUCGCAUCGAGCGAUUGGCCAAGCAGCGCAACCUGGAGCCCCAGCCGCUGACCAUUAUGCGGUUGGGUGGCGUCUUUGUCUGUUUCUUGGCCCUCCAGCUGCUGGCUGGCAUAGUCUUUGUCUUGGAGCGUCUAGCUCUGAGGCAUCCGCGCUUCCGCAGAGUCCUGGAUGUGGCCAAUCGCUAUAUAGCCUGAUCCACACUAGCCCGCCAUAGUCCCCCCCCCCCAUAGACCCCACACACGAACACACUUUUGCACCUUGGACAAUUGUACGAGUAUGUAUUAAAA